AUGUCCGGAAGAGUAGACGAAGACGAUGAACCAGUUUAUGGUUCAUCGAGAGUCCCAGCCGCAACACCUAGCUCCUACGACUAUGGUCACCUAGAUCGAAGGAGUCUCGCCGAGUCGGAGAUUGGCGGUCGACAAAGAUCAUCCUCCUUCUCAAAUCGAUUCCGCCAAGCUGGAGGUCCAAACAGUUUGGACAAUUUCGCACGGUCUUGGCAGCGAGCUGCCGCCUUCCCAGAAGUUAUCCCACGGCGGUCGUCGUUCGUCUCCACCAACGAAGACGAUGAUAUUGCCAUUGCAACCGGUCAAGAUCACGGUUCGCAAUCUCCUUCGUGGGGCCAAUCCUGGGGCCGACACUCGGAUAUGAAUCGGGCUCUGCUUCAUGGGGACUCGGAUUCGGACCGCGAGGAUGAUGACUCGCGCGAGCCCUCUAGAAGGGCUCUGCCUAGCACGGGGUUGCUUGCUUCGUCGUUUGAUCGGAGCUUUGCGACUUCUUAUGGGACCAUCUCUUCGCGAAUCAGUGAGUCGACUAGGAGAAAUGCUAUUCAAUUCCACCGGGAGCUCCAUCCUCAGGUUCAUAUUGAUGGAUCUGGAGAUCCGGAUCGGGGACCGUUGCUUGUCAAGCAUAUUCAGCAUGAGGAUGGGACGCAGGAGGAUAUCAUUGUUGGCCAGUCCACUGUCCCGCAAACAAUCUUCAACUCUGUGAACGUGUUGAUUGGAAUUGGUCUUCUGAGUUUACCGUUGGCGCUCAAACAUUCCGGAUGGGUUUUGGGUUUAUUGUUUCUGGUCUUUUCGGCUUUGACCACGUCUUACACGGCUAAAAUCCUGGCGAAAUGUCUGGAUGUUGACCGGAGUCUUGUCACAUAUGCAGAUUUGGCUUAUAUCAGCUUUGGACACCAGGCUCGUCUUGUCACUAGCUUCUUGUUCUGUUUGGAACUUCUGGGGGCUUGUGUGGCCCUGGUGGUCCUGUUUGCAGAUAGUCUGUAUGCGCUCGUGCCCGGGUUGAGCAUCUUGCAAUGGAAGAUUGUCUGUGGCGCGGUACUUGUUCCGCUCAACUUCUUGCCGCUACGAUUCCUCAGUAUUACCAGUAUCCUGGGUAUCAUAUCAUGCACGUCCAUUGUGGUUCUCAUCUGUAUUGAUGGUCUUAUCAAGCCAGAUGCUCCAGGCUCACUGCGUCAGCCAGCUAACACAUUCCUCUUCCCUGAGAAUUGGGCCACCCUUCCUCUGAGUUUUGGCCUCAUCAUGUCACCAUGGGGUGGCCAUGGGGUUUUCCCAAACAUCUACAGAGACAUGAGACACCCCCAGAAAUACGGCAAAAGUCUCUGGGUGACCUAUAUGUUUACAUUUACUUUGGACUGCUCGAUGGCAAUCAUCGGUUGGUUGAUGUUCGGUGAUAUUGUCCGCGACGAGAUCACCGCAAACAUUCUCACGGUCACCAACUACCCACAGUCUAUAUCUGUUGGUAUCAUAGUAUUCGUCUCCAUCAUUCCUCUCACGAAAGUGCCAUUGAAUGCCCGGCCUCUUGUCGCCACAUUCGAAGUUCUUUGCGGAAUUGGAGCUGGGCAUGCACCAUCCAACAGCAGAUCUGAGACCCUCCAGCAGAUUUCACGGGCAAUGGUUCGUGUAUUCACUGUGGUAAUGAUCGUGGUCUUGGCAGUCAUCUUCCCAGCUUUCGACCGCAUCAUGGCUUUCCUUGGAUCGUUCUUAUGCUUCACGAUCUGUAUCAUCUUCCCCCUUGCGUUCUACCUCAAGAUCUUUGGAAAAGAGAUCAGUCGUGGCGAGCGCAUUCUGGACUGGGUCCUGCUUGUCAUCUCUUGUAUUUUGGCAGCGGUGGGUACUGUGUGGGCCUUCUUGCCCCAGGACAUGCUCAUUGCGAACUAG